AUGGCUCGCUACUUUGAAUUUAAUGGUGGUGUUAAUGUUAAUCGAAUUGGAGGACGGACAUCAGUACCCGAUGAUAAUAUAGCUAAAUGUAUGUAUUAUCUUAACUGUGUUUGUAUAGUUAUUGAAUAUGAUGACGAUGAUAUGGAACAAUAUACAGAUUAUGAAAAUUAUCGAUGGCUUACACCAUAUCAACGGCGGCGUGUAUUUCUUUUAUGCAAAGCUUUGAGUCCUGAUGAAUUUGAAGAUCGAAUUUUUUUGAAAAUGAUGACAUGUGUGGAUAUGGAUCGGCAAUCAUGGAUGCAAAAAAAUUAUUAUGAACCUAUGCAAUAUCUCGAAUAUGAAUAUAAUUUACAACGUCGUCAACAGUCUGCUGAACAAAUUCUAUCAGAAGCUUGUAUUAUAUCAUAA